AUGCCGAAAGUAACGCAUGUUAGAGACCGUUUUGCAGCAGCUUUAGGUAUUUGCGUUACAACAGUGAUAAAAAUAACUAAAGAAGGCUACGGUAGUUGUGGCAUGGCAGAGAACAAACUUUUUACACCAAAAAAAAUAAGGUCACCUUUUAAUGUGACAGCAGUUGACAGUUUUGACGCUGAUGCUAUUCGUCGUCAUACGAAACUUGACUCAAUGCGAAUCAUUCGCUGGCAAGAAGUUGGACUGACGACACUGCUACCUCCACGUCCGCAGUGCCAAUGGGGAAAGGUGAACGCCUCAUUAUUUGCCAUACGGGAACAGCAAGAGGAUUACAAUAGGCAUGGACAGCUAAUCACAAAAAUAAACAUUGUGUCAAAUAAAUCAGAAGAAAUUUCCCCAUACCACUGUCAAUACAAUGCCUUUGAGCUCAUUUGUGCACAAAUAAAAGGACACGCUGCUAGAAAUAAUACUACUGCUCCUUUCACUGCAAACAAAAUGUUAGAUUUGUUAAAACAUAUGUGUGCUAAUGUAACGCCUGAAAACUGGGCAAGCGUCGUUGAAAAAACGAAAAGAGAAAUACUUUCGGAUUGGGAUCACUGCCGGCUUAACUACGACAACAUCUUAAAGCGUCUCGUAGUCAACAGUGAUGAAUCGUUUUAUGGGCUACAGAGCUCGUCGAUCGCCGCUUUCGACCAGGACCCGCCGAUAUUCGCUUGCCGCUUCUCGGAGGCUCCUGGCUACGAGCACAUUCUCGCACUUGCUAAUGAAGAUGGCAGGAAUACAUCCACCAUUGCCUCAGCACGUAACCUAGAGGGAUUCCAGUGUCACAAUAAUGCCGUGUUCGAUCUCGCUUGGAUGCCAGGUCACAUGAAUUUUGUAACUGUGUCAGGUGCUGUGGAAACAAAAUUUUGCAAUGAGGAUCAGUCAAAAAAAGAAGUGACAGUAGUUCUUUGUGACUAUUUGACUGUUAUGUAUGAUCUUCAAUAG